CUGUUGUGUGAGUGAACGGAGGCAAUAAGGAAGGAUAAGAAAACAGAGGACACCUGUAGUCUAUUUUCCUACUGCUCUGAAGCUGAGUUUGUACUUUAGAAAGCGUUGUUUUAAGGGAGAAACCCGUUAAACAACAACGACACCAAAGAAUUUCUAUUCUUUGUAAUAAUCAUUUAAUUUCCAACACUAAGUACUCUGGUGAUUUCUUUUUCCUCUCCCCUUUCAUUUUGUAUUGGGAGUUCACAGGUACGAAAAGAAGGGACUUAAAAGAAGGACAAAGGGCAUUGUGUUUAAUAAAGUCUGCAUUUUCAAGGCAGAGCUACGACCACAACCAGGCGAAUCAUUAAACCAAGGAACACCAGUCGAGAACUUCGUGACGCAGUUUUCUUCUUGAAUUUAAAAAAUAAUAAUAACAAUAAAAAAAUGCCUGGACGCAAUACAAAUUCUGGCGACAACGUUUUUGUGAUUUCACUAUGUCUGGGGUUGGCCUGGUUCAUUGUCAAUGUGUCUGGACAAUGUGAGUACCCUCCAAGUUAUCCCAAUACCAUACUGAAAGAAGAACAUCAAACUCAAGGGCUAGCUGACUUUGUAGAGGGGUUUCAAGUCGCUUAUACAUGUCAGAGUGGGUAUGUACCGAAAAGUGGAUCUCCAAAAAUCACUUGUACCAGUUCACAGUGGUCACCUCUGACCUUGGUGUGUGAACGCCGAUCAUGUGGAAGUCCAGGAGAGAUACUUAAUGGACACUUUAAUACUGAUGAGGGUGUUCUUUUUGGAGACAAGGCUUUGGCAGUUUGUGAUGAAGGAUUCCAGUUGGCAGGCAGUGGUGUCAGAUACUGUCGCGCUACUGGCUGGGACGGUGCCAUUCCUAUAUGUGAAAGUAUAAAGUGUCCAGACCCUCCUUCGGUUGUAAAUGGUGAAAUCACAAACCCACCUCAGGAAACUGUCACGUUUGGCACAUCCAUUACCUACACAUGUAGUAAAGGGGUUCUGGUGGGUAAUAGUGAGCUUGUUUGCACCAAAUAUGGAAACUACAGUAGUGAUCCUCCAACAUGUAAAGAUCACAAAGGCUGCCCUUCUGUUCAAGUGUUAAAUGCUGUUAAGACAGCUGGAUUUGGACCAGUUUAUAAAUAUAAGGAUUCCAUUACCUUUGCUUGUAAUCCUGGGUAUAUUCUUAAAGGCACUGCCACUGUUAACUGUGGAGUAAAUGAAACUUGGGAACCUGAACUUCCGACUUGUUUAAAAGCUCCAACAACAUCAUCCACAACAACAACAACCACCACCACAAGCACACAAGUGCCUCCAGCGCCCUCUCCUGGUCUAACAACUAGAACCACCACAACCACAACUACAAAACUGCCGCCAGCACCCUCUCCUGGAAUUUCAUUAACCCCUGGACUGACUACUGUAAAGACAACUGCUUCUGAUGACAAGAAUGGACCUCCAGGAGGAUGUGGUAAAACAUGUGGAAAUCCUCUUCUCCUCCUCUCAGUGCUGCUGUUUAUUAAAUUAAUGCCAUUCAGCUGAAUAGGAUUCUCUCCAGUGGUGUGCAUCAAAACAGGCACUAUGAUUUUGUCAAUUAAAUUGUGUGCACCACUAACUACAUACUGUAUAAAGAUUGUACAGCAGUAACAGAUUUUGUAAUCAUGUGAACUGUAAAACAGCUUUGGAUAAAAAAAAGGCUUAAAUUAUACGUAUAUAAAUAAAUGUAUAUUGUAUAAAUUAUUGGAUUUCUAUAGGAACACCUAUUCUUGCAAGAGUUUGUAAAUUGAAUUUGUAUUCUUCUGUUAGCUCAAUGUCCAAUAUGCAUGUACAUCACACUCCACCCUAAUGCACUGUGCCGUAAUUCAUAUCAAACAAACAGAUCAAAUGUGCCUUAUUCUGUUUGUGAACAGGGGGGGCGGGGCUACAAUCACUGGCUAAGGGCAAAUCUCCACUCCGGGAUCUUGCAUAUUUAGCCUUUCACUGAAUCAUCACUUUUGUGGAAUCUUUUUUUUUUCUCUGUACUGCUUUAAUAAAAAUAGGUUUAAAAAAAAAAAA